AUGGAAGUGGUUCAUCGCCGCAAAGCAUCCAGAGUUUCACCACAAGUUGAAGGAGAAGAUGUUAUGAACAAGAUACCAGAGAAUGUGGUCACUAAUAUUAUGGAUCGUUUGCCGCUAAGAGACGCGGUGAGGACUAGUAUUUUGUCAACAAAUUGGAGAUUUAAGUGGACUCUUCUCACCCAACUCAUCUUUGAUGCAAACUUCUUUCAUUAUUUGUUUAGGCGGAAAUUUCACUUUGAUAAAACUAAUAUAAUUAUAAGUAGACUUCUCUUUCAUCUUGAAGGUGGAGUUACAAAAUUUUCCCUCAGUAUACCCAAAGACAUCAAAGUAGAUGAUGAGGAUAUUCAUCAUUGGGUUAUGUUCCUAUCUAGACUAGGAGGAUUUAAGGAUCUCGUCAUACUAAAUUGGAGUGAAACACCGGUAAAGUUGCCUACCCAUCUUUUCUCUUGUCUAGAGUUGAAUCGUUUGAAACUUCAUCAUUGUGUUUUGUUUCCUUCUUAUUUUUGUGGUUUUCCAAAGCUAUUGAGCUUAGAAUUGCUUAAUGUAAGAUUUCAAGGCCAUAGAUGUGGGGAAUUAAUCGCUCAAUGCCCCUUACUAGAAACUCUGAAAAUUGCAAAUACCAAACUUAGAGGGGGAAUGAAAUUGGUUGAGAUUGCAAAACUCGAAAAUGUCACGUUCUUAGGUUUGGCAUUGUAUUUGCUUGACGAUAUCAACACGUUCUUGCCAGAAAAUGUUGCUCAAAAUCCAGUCCGCAUCACCUUCCCAUUCCUCAAGACUCUGUCAUUAUUCGAUAUGGAUUUUAGUAGUAAUUCCAUGUUAUCAUGUGCUUUUGGGUUGCUUUUUGGCUGCAGAAAUUUGCAGACCCUUCAUAUCUCGGCUAUAUACAAGAAUGCUGUCCCACUACCUCUCCUAUUUUCCCAAGAGGUAGACUGUAGCACAAUGGGGCAGUUGCAGCUUCGGAAUGUGAAGUUAGACUAUAUAAAAGAUUUGGAAAACGAAGUAUAUUUGAUGAAGUGUAUGCUGGCUUGUUCCCCCAUGCUAAAGAGUCUUGCUAUUCGAUGCAACUCGUCCAUAGAGAGCCAUUACAAAAAGUAUGAGCUGAAGUUUGAGCUUGCUAGCAAAUUGUUGCAGCUCCAUCGAGCCUCCCAUGUAGCGAAGAUAUCAGUUUUUGAUUAUAUGUAUUCUUGA